UCUGCGGCGUCUGGCGUCAUGGUAUGGAGAUUUGCGAAUCCCUCCUGUUCCCGGUCCGUGCCAAUGCCGCCUAUGCUUCACAGCUCGUACGACAUAUUGGCAGGGCAUAGGGGUCCUCUCAAGCCACAUCCAAGCGGAUGGGAACGAAAAUCGUCAUCCUCUCCAUAGUUCAUGAGACCGGCCACGCAGAUCAAGGUCUAUCCAUGUCCAUCCCAAGCUUUGCCCUUCCCCUUGCGUGAAGAGAGGAAGUCAUCAGAAGUGUGUAAGAGCACUGCUCACAUCGCGGCUCCAGACACUUGUUCCAGCCAACUGUCGCAUCAUGUUGAGAUGGUGUGCCAGAAACGACUUGUCCGCCUCGCAAAAUCACCAGACGGCACUUACAAAGCAAACUCGUGGUCGAUCUUAAGCAACCACGCUGCCUACUAUAGUGCCUUCUCUAACAGCUCAACAGCACAUACAAGAGCCAAUAUGCUACCACCCAUACCACCUUUCGCAAGCAUCGGAAUCCCUUCCAAGCUCCCUCUCCCCGUUGUUUUCUUCGUGCAUUGCCCCGUGCUCCCAAUAGUGAACCCCCGUCCCCGAACCCAUCUUGAUGACGCCCGAUGCCAAAGCACCUUCAUUUCUUGGCGCCGCCGCCAGUGACACACACACGGAACCGAAGCUAGCGUCCCCCCCGCCCGUAGCAAGCGAUUCUCUGUCUCGUGUGUCUAUGAGCAGGGGCCCGGACCUCUAUGGCCUUUACACCUUUGGCAACUGGUGUGUAAGCCAGUACAUUCCCAUUUGGAUGUGGCUCCGCCUCUCCGGCCGCACGGAGUGGAUACCGCGGAGUGGAGAAGCUCCUUCGACGCCGUCUCUCGACUCGGGGAGCCCGCUCACAAAGCCGCCCGCUCGCCGGCGCGGAAGCG